UGUAUCGCCCAAUGUGCAUGUAGAAGCACUUGACCAUGUUGAUAGGAAUCAGCCAUUCUUUAGAUAAGGUAAUCAGGACAUUUAAGACAGCCUGAAAUACACAUGCAUUUGCGUCAUUUGUUAUUUCUCGUAAGAAUUUUACAUCAUCAGCAUAUAGUAGCAUCGGAAAACCAACUACUCUUGAGAGUUCAUCCUUAUAUAGUAAAAAAUGUAGCGGACCAAGGAAACAGCCAUGAGGCGCUACACUAAGUACUGGUUUCCAGGGCCAACAUUUGGAAUUCAUUCCUACUUUCUGUCCAUGACCUACCAAGAAAUAUUUUAUCUUUUAAAGGAGAAAUAUAGGAAUUCCUAGAUACUCCAACCCUAGAGUGAUCUACUUUUGACACCUUAACAAAUCAAAGUGUAGCGACACGCAGAUCCACUUAAGAAAUAUUUCUGUAAUUCUUCAACAUUCAUGCUGACCUCAAUAGUUCUUCAGGGCACACCUAGCUGAAGUCGUCCGAUCACGGAUUCGUACCAGAUUACGAGUUGCUAAUCUGUGAUAGGUAUCCAUUGCACCUGAUAGCCAGUCUAGAUCAAACGCAUCUCGACAUAUCGACAUAUCAAAAUCCGAAUAGCUAUGGCAUUUUUGAACGGAUGAAACUCCUCGCUCCAACUCACUGACAAAGUUCCACCUUUCAACAUGUUGUAUAUAAAGUUAAACACUUUGAGUAAUCCUUUUCUGUAAAACAUAUAUAUAUCACUCAGCCUUUCGUUCACAUAAAACUGAAACCGAUACUGAUAUUGGAACAUUGCAUCAGUGUAUGAAAUUAUCCGUUCACAUUAUAAAUCGAAGGUCAAGUAAGCGUGAUCAGUGGUCACGACAGCCAAUGAACUGGCAUGGAUUCCUGCCAUCUGCGAGUGCCGGUCGCGGCGCCGUCUGCAUCGCGCUAUCCAUGACUUUUUUCAGUGCGUUAGACCAUGUUUUACGAGGAAUAAACCCCCCUAAGACUGUAGUUUGCAAAGGUUCACUCGCUAUAUGGAAGUGGCGCAAUAUGAUGAUUUCUUGGUUACAUGCCGUUUUAAUUGGAACAUGGGAUUUAUUAUGCUUUUAUUAUUAUCCUGAGUUGAUGAAUGAUCCAGUAGACCAUAUCGUGCCUUUUACAUAUUACUUAGUGGCCGUUUCUACUGGUUACUUUCUUUAUGAUUUCUGGGAUAUGUUCACGCAGAGGCAAUUGUUCAAAAUGUGGGAAUUAACUUUGCAUCACAUUGCAGUUCUGAGUGCCUUUCUUUAUAAUGUACUGUCAGUUCGGUACAUAGCGUAUACAGUUAUCGCCUUACUUGCUGAAGUCAAUAGCAUAUUUCUUCACACCCGUAAAUUGAUGCAAAUGCACAAAGUUCCUUCAGUGAAUAUGUCUUAUCGGUUCAAUGCUGUCCUGAACCUAACUACAUUCGCAGGUUGUCGAGGAUUUGCACUGCUUCGUAUUUCAUACGGCAUGUAUAUGAACCCCGAAAAAAUGACACCGUUUUAUACUGUAUUGUUGGGGACAAGUAUGUUCAUCAUGAAUCUGCUGAACCCAGUUCUAUUUUACAUACUUCUACGUAACGAUUUUCUACUUCCGCCCAGAGAUGAAGAUCUUUAUAUCAAAAAAGGGAUGAAAGUAAAUUGUCCCCCCUUGGAAAGCAAAAUAUCCAAUGGUUAUAGCUUAUCAUUAGAAAUAAAUGGCUUUCCCUGCGAUGGAAUUCAUAAGCGAAAUCUGUGAAAACUUUGAAUGGGUUCUGUGAAAUUAAUCUAUCUGUUUAUUAAAAUACGCUUAUUAAUCGUUUGUUCUAAGUUAGAUCUUUUAUUUGUAAUCCUUCGGCAUAUUAGCUUACCUAUAUACGGUUUAUCUUUUGACUUUUUCAUUGACAUAUUUACUAAUAUCAAUUUUUUAAUGAUGUUCAGUGUUAGUAUACUUUUUGCUGAUUGUUGAUCUGUAAACUCUCGUUGGCUUUUACGAAAUUACAAUAGUGUAUGUCUCGAUUCGUAAGAAUAGAUUUACCAACUGAAGUUUCAUUCCCAGUGAACCAUUUCACACUGUCCCGUGUAAAUGCUUAUUUCUUUCUCUUUGCUACACAACUGUUUCACUUUUUCUGACUAUAUAAAUAUAAGUUUCUGUAUACUUCACUCCCGGACUCUGUAUUCUUAGGCAUAUUAUUUGUUUUUAAAUACUUGUUUAUCAUUAUGACAAUGUUUUUAAACUUGUAAUAUUUUUCUUACGAUUAUAUUCUGUAAAAUAUUUUUGAUUAUGUUAAAGUCAUUUCUACAUAAAAAAUUCUCGGUGUUUACUUCACUGCUUAUCAUCUUUAUUAUAUCAGUGGACUAUUUGCUGUUACCAUCUUUGUCAGUAGUCAUUUACUAAUGUUUACGACAAAGAAAACAAAGCUCCAGUCCCUUCGUCUUUGCUUUUAUGUGUUCUGUCUACAUUAAAAGAGUUGUAUACACAGUUUGAAAUGUCUACUUCUUAAUCCCUUCAUUAUUGUACUAAUGUAUUUGGAUUAUUUCUUAUUUUUGAUUCACUAGAGGAAAAAGUCUAUCCAUCUAAAAGUUUCUGUUUUCAUGUUAAUUAUUUUGUUCAGACAUGUAAUUAAAUAGAAUUAUAAAGUUAUACUCUUUGAAAAAAGAAAUUAUCGAAGUUCCAUGAAUUAUGUCUGUCUGUCUGUCAGAGACUGAUUGUGCAAAGUAUAACUCCGCUGUCGUACUUUCUAAUUGUGAAACAUGACAUUUACAGGUUUACAAAAUACAUAGUUUUUUAUGCAAGUAGGUAAUGCUCAUUUUUGUUGUAAAGUAAUAAAUAAAAAUAGUAAAUCUGCUGGUAAGUUUUUGAAUUUUUACUGACUGCUGUGGCUAUGAUGUUCAUUACUCGUACCAGUUUACCACCAGCUCUAACAAGCAAUGUUUGUUAUUGUAAAAGCUAAGAUAUAUUAUUAUGUUAAUUUAAUGAAUAUCUAAUUCAUUCCUGUCAGUGUAUACGAGUCUCAUGGUUCUGUUUUGCGUGAUCGUUGAAGACUAAGAAUAACACGACACAAUGUCCGAUCUCAAUUAAGUGAAUGUAUCCAAUUUUAUAUUUCUCGGAACAUGGGACUUCCAUGUGAUUUUAUAGCGUAUGUAUGUGCUUAAAUGGUGACUUUUAUGAUAUUCUCAUACUUGAGAACUACUGAUGUCGACUAGUGCAACAAAAAAUUCUCACUGGAGUAUAAAAAUUCAUUUCAAACUGAAAUUAACCUGUCUAAACUUCAUCAACAAGCUGGAUGUCUAGUAAAUAUAUAUGACCUAUUAGCUCCAGCACUGUAUAGUUGUGAGGCUCAAUUUUUGACAUAUGGAAUUUCAUUCUUUAAAUACAGCAGCUCACUCAAGUACUCAUCUAUAUUUCUUAUACAAUUUCUAAGGUCGAUAAAUGUGUUUAUUUAGCCAAUCUUGUAGGGUAAAAUCCAGUGAAAAUUUAUUUGUCUCAAUAAUAACUCGUGGAUCAGCACUCAAGAAAUCAUUAACUGCUAUAAAAAGUGAAUAUCAGGGGAUUGAAAACAUGCGAGUAAGAUAUUACGUGCGGUGUCUGAGAGUUGAUUCCGAUACUCAAUUUUUCUAUAAAUGAGCCCGUCUGACUGCUCUAGUGAAAGACGGUGAGGGAAUUUAUUGACCUAGCUGAGUCGAAUCGUACAUAUAUUCAAUCCUAUAUAUAUGUAUUACCUUAGAAAAUUAAGUCAUCAUUGGUGUAUAUCAUGUCUCUUAUAAAUGAAAGCCAUUUCUUGGCCAGUUACAUGUACUGACCAUUUGCCUGAUUACUAAUUAACCCAGUGUAACUUAACCAGUAGAUAUUAUACUAUGAUGAAAAUAAAAUGAAGUUAGGGUCCGUAAAGAAAAUGCAGGAUAAAUAAUUAUUCCAAACAUCAUUGAGUUUUUACGGAGCUAAAUUAUAAUAUGAGGAGGAGGCAUAUGAUUUGAACUUUUCGUUUAGUAGUUUUGACUAACAUUGGACAUUUUUAGUACUCCCACGGGAAAAGCUACUAUAAUUUUCAACAAUUAUGUUGUCUUUUAAUUGUAGUGAAAAUCUGUCGUUGUUUAGGUACGAAUUAUUACACCCCAUCUUUCGGUGCCAGUAAGAGUAAUUGAUCAUGCUUUUGUAGACAAAUGAAAUUUAUCCCUGAUUUAUACACAAGAUAUUUGAUUGAUGUUUUGAAGUGAUUUUUAUGAAGUGGACAGAUAUUUAUUAUCAGAUGGUUGUAGAUAGUCGCUUUGUUCAGACACAGAAUACUCUUUAUGUGGAAUGGAUUCAGUGCUUUCAUACACUAAAGUAAGGAUGGUACAUGUUACGAACAAUCAACAUUAUCUACAACAGCAUAUACAUAAAGAGGUAGUUAAUUCCAUAGCAUAUGGGUUUAUAUCCUGUAAUACAUGAGUUCUUUUUAUUCCUUCAAAACUAUGAAUCCACUUCAAUAAACAAGUAAUUAUUCUUGAAAUAUAUUGAAUAGGUAUGUAUUUAGGAAGUUCCUGUAUCUUCAACAUAAAGAAUUUAUAUACAGUAACGUGAACUUCCAAAGAAAGUGUUUCAUAUUCACAAGUAAGUAA